AUGGCUCUGUCCCAAACUGAUCACAGGUUGGUCCUCGCGCUCUGGAAGAAGAUGGGUAGCAAUGUUGGAAUCUACACGACCGAGGCCUUGGAGAGGACCUUCCUGGCUUUCCCAUCCACCAAAACCUACUUCCCACACUUGGACCUGAAACCAGGUUCCAGCCAGGUUAAAGCCCAUGCCCAAAAGGUGGCUGAUGCACUGACGCUCGCUGCCCACCACCUGGACCACCUGCCGGUUCUGUCUGCUCUCAGUGACCUACACGCACACGAGCUCCGCGUGGACCCUGCUAACUUUCAGUUCUUUAGCCACUGUCUGCUGGUGACUCUUGCCCGGCACUAUCCCGGAGACUUCAGCCCGGAGAUGCAUGCCUCCUUGGACAAGUUUCUGGGUCACGUGACUUCGGCACUGGUCUCCAAGCAUCGCUGA